CAUGCCACACUUCCUGUCCGCGCUGCUACCCCGCCCCGUCCCUUGCAAUCCAACGAAGCUGGUUAAACGGCCUCCGCCUUGAAUACAAAAUGCAAUUUUUUCAUUUAACCUUAGGCUGAAGCAGAGAUGGUAGCUGAAUCCAUGCUCCGCCUAGUGACUAGUCAACGGGACUUGGGCUAAGUAGCAAUUCCUGCCCCCCCCCGCGGUCCUCCCCUUUCUGCCUCCGUUUCCUCCGGGGUCCUAGCGCUCCUCCUCUUUCCCCUCCUCCUCCCGAUGGAGCCGCAGACGAAGGAGAAAGCCAAUAGACAAAGGAGAGAGCAGGCAGAGGCCUCUCCAAAAAUGGCGGAAGCUGUGGAGGAGGAGGAGUCAGGGGUGGAGGUGAAGCUGGAAGACGACGAGGAGGAAGAGCCCGGCUAUAUCCAAUCCGGCCGGCGCUACAAGUGCCUAACGUGCAGCAAGACCUUUCCAAACGCGCCCCGCGUGCUGCGCCACCUGAAGUCCCACGCGGCCGGCGCCGGCUUGGACGGCAAGCUGUCCUGCCCCAGCUGCAGGAAGGAGUUCCCUGACCGCGGGCAGCUCCGCAAGCACCAGCUCAGCCACCAGACAGAGCGGCCCUUCCAGUGCCAGCUGUGUGCCAAGGCCUACAAGACGGCGCCCGAGCUGCGGAACCACGGGCGCAGCCACAGCGGCGAGAAGCCCUUUGUGUGCCACGAGUGCGGCAAGGCCUUCAUGCAGCCGGUCUGCCUGCGGGUGCACAUGGCCCGCCACACGGGGGACCUCCCCUUCCGCUGCCAGCAGUGCCACAAGGGCUACGGCACGCUCUCCAAGCUGAAGAUCCACCAGCGAUCCCACACGGGCGAGAAGCCCUACUCGUGCAGCGAGUGCGGCAAGCGCUUCGCCGACCCCUCGGUCUUCCGCAAGCACCGCCGGACCCACGCCGGGCUGCGCCCCUACCAGUGCCAGGCGUGCCACAAGACCUACGCCGAGCUCAAGGACCUGAAGAACCACGAGCGCUCGCACACGGGCGAGCGGCCCUUCCUGUGCCAGGACUGUGGCAAGGCCUUCUCGCGCUCGUCGUCGCUGGCCUGCCACCAGCGCAUCCACGCGGCCCACAAGCCGUACCGCUGCAGCCUGUGUGGCAAGGGCUUCACGCAGCUCUCCUCCUUCCAGAGCCACCAGCGCACACACUCCGGGGAGAAGCCCUUCCUGUGCCCGCAGUGCGGGCGCAUGUUCAGCGACCCCUCCAGCUUCCGGCGGCACCAGCGGGCGCACCAGGGCCUCAAGCCCUACGCCUGCGACAAGUGCGGCAAGGCCUUCCGCCAGCCGGCCGACCUGGCCAUGCACCAGCGCAUCCACACGGGCGAGAGGCCCCACAAGUGCCCCCAGUGCGACAAGAGCUUCGUGGCCUCGUGGGACCUCAAGCGCCACCUGCUGGUGCACUCGGGGCAGCGGCCCCACCAGUGCGGCGAGUGCGGCAAGAGGUUCGCCGAGCGCGCCAGCCUCACCAAGCACUACCGCGUCCACUCCGGGGAGAGGCCCUUCAAGUGCGGCCGCUGCGGGAAGGCCUUUGUGGUCUCGUCCAGCCUCAGGAAGCAUGAGCGCACCCACGGCAACGAGGGCGGCGACAAGCCUGCCCCCCUCACCAACCAGGACCUCCUCGCCACAGACCAAGCAGCCAUCGUGGUCGCCACGGUGAUGCCCGCUUGCGGGGAGUGUGGCGAGGCCUUUGGCUCCACCCAGGAGCUGCGGCGCCACGAGCGGCUGCUCCACCCUUCCCUGCGCCCAUUCCCCUGCCCCGAGUGUGGCAAGGGGUUCUCGGACCGGGCCGGGCUGCGCAAGCACGAGCGCAUCCACUCCGGGGUCCGCCCCCACGCCUGUCCCCAGUGCCCCAAGGCCUUCCUGGGCGCCUCUGACCUGCGCAAGCACCUCAAGACGCAUGCGGCCCCCGAAAACAAGAGCUCUGACGACACCGUGGUGACCGCCACCAUCACGACCUACGAGCAGCUGCUCCCCGCCCACAUCCACCCCCAUCACGAUGACGACGGGAUGGAGACAGACAAGGAUUCUCCCUCGGACUGUCUUCCGGAGGCUCUCACUGAACCUUCCUAAGCGCAGUCUCUUCUUUCCUGACGUGUGACUGGGCAGCUUGGCUUGUUGGUAUCAUGGCCUCCCCACACCAUGGUGGCAUGUUUUUAUGAACCCCAUAGUCCUUCCUUCCUUCCUUCCUUCCUUCCUUCCUUCCUUCCUUCCUUCCAUGCCUCCCCUUUGGGGUACAGCUCUUGCUCCCCCAGCACUUCUCCUUGUAGAAGCAGGCUUGGCUAUGGGCGCUUCGUAAGCCAUGCCUCUUACAGGUGAAACUCGGAAAAUUAGAAUAUCGUCGAAAAGUGCAUUUAUUUCAGUAACGCAACUUAAAAGGUGAAACCAAUAUAUGAGAUAGAUGCAUGACAUGCAAAGCGAGAUAUGUCAAGCCUUUAUUUGUUGUAAUUGUAAUUAUCUGUCGUUAGGCGGGUCAAUUAUUAAUGGAAUGUAAUUAAUGAAAUGUAAUAGCGAUGUUUAUUUUUGUAUUAUUGUAACCAUUUGUUUUAUUACUGUGGAAUUUCCAAAAGAAAGCAUUUGUAAAAAUUAAAAGAAAAAUUAAAAAACCAAUAAGUUGCAUUACUGAAAUAAAUGCACUUUUCGACAAUAUUCUAAUUUUCCGAGUUUCACCUGUAAGUAGGUGUGGCUUUAGUCUCCCUUGCUAGCCCUGCUCCUUCCUCCAGCAUCAGACAUUUGCCUACCUGGUGGGGGAAUGAACUUUGGACACCCCCUCACACACACCAAUAGGAGUCCGUAUUUGUUGCAUCUGUGCAUGUGCUUCUGCCCCCUGCAGACCCAUCCUGCUGUCGGGUUAUGUGCGCAUCUGUGGCAAUCCAUUGGUUUACUGACACCGUGUGGGGUUUUUUGGGGUGUGUGUGUGGAGUUAAAUUAUGAGAGUUUGGGGGGGGGGAUGCAAGGAACUUCCCCCUGCCCUAUCAACUCCCAGGACAAUUAACUCUACUCAAUCCGGGUCAUGCUGUCUGAACAGAUCAAAUAAAAGCCUUGUGGUUUUUUUUUUAAAAAAA